UAGUUGAUAUUUCUUAUUCUCAGAGUACGUGGGAGACAAACAGAGAAAGUGUAUUUGAUGUCUUUGACCAGGAGAACAACAGUGUGUUAAUCUCACUUAGUGAACAGUCCUAAAGGUUUUGAAUGUACCUAAACCAGCACCCCUGUCUUUUAUGGCAGAACAUGUCUGAUGGGGUAGAUUUCCACAUGUGACCUGUACCAGAUACACUAUGACAUCACAGCACCUUAACUACUGUCUGCUACUGAGAACAUUCAAGCUGGACAGGAUCUUGUCUAGCUCACCACCCAGCUGAGGAAACCAGAGCCAGAAAUGGGAAGUAACCUGCUAACCAUCACACUGCUGCACUAAGUGGUAGAGCCUGGACCAGAAGCUAGGUCUCCUGCCUCAUAUCCUAUGCAUUCCCACCAUACCGUGUCACCCAAAGUACUUCAACUGAUCCAACUGAACAUCUGAAAGGGACCCUCAAUUUACUGUGAACGAAAACAGGGGGAAAAACAACUAUAAACACCAGAGCCCGCCCCCAGCCCAAGAACACUAGUAAAAGGUAGACACACACAGCAUAGAAGAACGUCCCCUGACAUUGACAAGUAGGUCCCAGGCUGAGGCACUGCACAGUAUGUCUGACUAGGGUCUCCAGUGGAAAACACCAACACAGACCCCCAACCAGCCCUGCCACGAGUGCCAGCAAGAAGAGGGAUGACAUCAUCACCAGCAGUUUUGCAGAGUCCUCAAGUUACAGGCCCAUUUUCUACACUGUUACCACAGAAACAAGAUAUUUCAAGAACCAGGAUCCAUUCCCUGCCUAGCUAUGGCUUAGAAAAUCUUAAGAAGCUGCGGGCCAAGUCAACUUACCGCUUAAAAAAGCUUCCCAGUCUGGAAAAAUUUGUCACACUCGUGGAGGCCAGCCUCACCUACCCCAGCCACUGCUGUGCCUUCGCAAACUGGAGGCGGCAAACCUCUGACCUUCAUCCAAUUUGCAACAAAUCUAUUUUAAGGCAAGAAGUUGAUGACAUGACUCAGGCUAGGGGUCAGAGAGUCUCUUUGGCAGAAGAUGAUGAGCCCAGCUAUGCCAAAGGAUUUGACAUGAUGUACAGUGAAUUUGACUAUGACUUAUGCAAUGAAGUGGUUGAUGUGACUUGCUCCCCUGAGCCAGACGCAUUCAAUCCAUGUGAAGAUAUUAUGGGGGAUGAUAUUCUCAGAGUCUUGAUAUGGUUUAUUAGCAUCCUGGCCAUCACUGGGAACAUCCUAGUGCUGGUGAUCCUGAUCACCAGCCAGUAUAAACUCACGGUCCCCCGGUUCCUCAUGUGCAAUCUGGCCUUUGCUGAUCUCUGCAUUGGAAUCUACCUGCUGCUCAUAGCCUCAGUUGAUGUCCACACCAAAAGCCAGUACCACAACUAUGCCAUUGACUGGCAAACUGGAGCAGGCUGUGAUGCUGCCGGCUUUUUCACUGUCUUUGCCAGUGAGCUCUCAGUCUACACUCUGACCGCCAUCACGCUGGAAAGAUGGUAUACCAUCACCCAUGCCAUGCAGCUCGAAUGCAAAGUGCAGCUCCGCCAUGCUGCCAGCAUCAUGCUGGUGGGCUGGAUCUUUGCUUUUGCAGUUGCCCUCUUUCCCAUCUUUGGCAUCAGCAGCUACAUGAAGGUGAGCAUCUGCCUGCCCAUGGACAUUGACAGCCCCUUGUCACAACUCUAUGUUAUGUCCCUCCUUGUGCUCAAUGUUCUGGCCUUUGUGGUCAUCUGUGGCUGCUAUAUUCACAUCUACCUCACGGUGAGGAACCCCAACAUCACAUCCUCUUCUAGUGACACCAAGAUCGCCAAGCGCAUGGCGAUGCUCAUCUUCACCGACUUCCUCUGCAUGGCGCCCAUCUCCUUCUUUGCCAUCUCUGCCUCCCUCAAGGUGCCCCUCAUCACUGUGUCCAAGUCAAAGAUCCUCUUGGUCCUGUUCUACCCCAUCAACUCCUGUGCCAACCCCUUCCUCUAUGCCAUCUUCACCAAGAACUUCCGCAGGGAUUUCUUCAUUCUGCUGAGCAAGUUUGGCUGCUAUGAAGUGCAAGCCCAAACCUAUAGGUCAGAAACCUCAUCCACUGCCCACAACUUUCAUCCAAGGAAUGGCCACUGCCCCCCAGCUCCCAGGGUUACCAAUAGUUCCAGUUACACACUUAUCCCCCUAAGACAUUUAGCCAAGAACUAAAACACAAUGUACAAAUGUUUCUGCAUGUUGAAUGACAAUUAUGUCUUGCCUUUGAAGAAUAUGCCAUGGCAUAGCUGACAGAGCACUUCCACAUACUUCAUCUAAUUUAAUCUCCCUGGCACAUCCAUAAGGUAAAUUGGUCAGAAAGUAUUAACUCUGCGUGAUUCAUUAGGCAACUGAAGACUUCAUAACAACAUUAAUAAUUAAAAUAAUGUAGUACUACAUCACAUUUGUUCUAUCCUUUAUAGCAUUCAAAGUGCUCUUGUUCAGAUCAUCUCAACUGAUCCCUAUAAAAGUCCUAUUAAACGGGCAGAACAGGAAUUAUGCUUGGAGUUUUAUAGAUGAGGAAACCAAAACUCAAAGGGUUAAGUGACUUGUCCAACAUUACUCGACUUAUAAAAAGCAGAGCCAAAAUUAAAUGUCUUGACUCCCAGAGAACUUGCAAGAGAGGCAGUACAAUAUUUAUUCACUCACUCAUUCCCUCAAUGAAUAUUUACUGAAUAUCUAUGUGAUGCUUUGAAAUAUGUCAACUUGAGUAGGCUGAACUACAUUUCCCAGAAUUCCCUUUCUUAAACAUUUCCCAUGAAGGUAGGCCACAUGAAAGAUUUGCAGGAAAACAGGAGGGUGGAAGGGAAGCUGCACACUUUGCUGCUCAUCUGUUGAUUCAGCUCACUGCUGUGAGUCUCCAAUGGGUGCACCAUACCCUGGAAACUUCCUCAGGUUCUCUGCCUCUUAAGUUGAGUGUAUGUGUUUAGCUCCAUGUUGAAGAACCCCCAUCUUCAGCAGAACACUUUUACCACCAAGGUCAGAAGCAACAAGAACAGAAAUAGAUUUCAGUUUGAACUUCUGGAGUCUAUCUUUGCUUAUGGCUUCAAGAAUGCUUGUGAUCUUCCCUUUAUGACUGCCUGCCCUAUAGACUAGCAUCAGAUGUGGAGACAAUAUCCUUACAUAGCCCACUUUACCAACCUCCACAAUUGUGUAAGUCAAUUCUCUGUAACAAAUCCAUGCCAUAUAUACAUAUGCAAGACUGCUUCUGCUUCUUCAGUCAAACCCUGACUGAAGUAUACAACCCAUAUGGCAUGCCUAUGGAUUAUAUUGUUAAGAACACAGAAACUUUGGAAUUGAAGCUGAGAUUUCAUUCUUAUUCCACAAUAAGGCAGGACU